AACGAGAGCGAGGCAGACGGUAUCACAUUUUCCCGUGUUAGUGCGGACCGAAUGGUAACGUCGCAGCUGUCUCCAUUUUAUUAAUACAGUUGAUUAAUAUUUACAGUUUCUACUGCCUCGUAUAAGACAUGGACAUACUAUAGAAUGAUCAGAACGAAAGGGACCUGAAGAAAGACCGUUUUAAAGGGUUUUCCAAGCGACAGGGUUCAGGAGGAUUACGCAAAGUGCUGCUGCCGGAGACAUUGAAUCUUACAUAAAACGAAUGGGUCAUCUAAACGUCGGUCAUGAGUAUACUUCAUUCAGCACAGAUCAAGAAACUCAUCAUCAGAACUUGUGUGGAUGUGUGAAAAUCAGCUCUCAACUUUUUCUUUCGUCGGUUGUUCACUUGUCAGGCUAGUGUGGAGACUCGUAUGUGAUUUCAAAACAAAACCCGAACGAACUCCGUCUGCUUUAUUUUGAAGACAUUGAAACGUUUGUCUCUCUCUCUCUCUUUUUUUUUUUUUUUUUUUUUUUACAUUACCACUGUAAAUGAGAAUAUCGCUAGGUGUGUUAUGUAUUGUUUUGUCAGAGGUUAGGCAGGUUUUUUUUUUUUUUUUUUUGGCUUUACCGGGAAAUGAACCGUCAGUCAUUUCGAUGUUUUGGUGGGCCUAGCAGUGGUGAAUGGGAAGUGAAUAGUGUAUAUAAACAUUUAGCCUUUGCUCUCCGUGUAAUUGAUUUUCGACAAUAUUCCGAUCGUGUUGCGCUAAAGGUGGUGUUUUGUGAAGUAACUAAAAAAUAGAACUAUAUUUUGGCUAUUUGUAACCUGGCUUCCACCAAAGCUUUAAAGCAGAGCCCUAUACGUUGCACUUUUGGCCGCUUUCCUAAAAAUUAUUUUCCUUUUAAUGCGGUGUAGCAAACAAUGGAUGCUGGGAUUCAAAACCACACCGAACAUUAUGUGCACGACCUCUCCAACCCUACUGCACCGGGGUUGUGUGCGGAAAUGCUCGGGGUUGCGGACGAGGCUUGCCGGGCUGGAGACUUCGAUCUGGCCGCAGAGAUCUAUACCUCUCAGCUCGCCGAGCUCGAGUACACUGACCGUGGCCUCUGCCUGCGUAAAGCUGACGCUCUAGCCCGUGGGGGACGCAUAGCCGAUGCGCUGGACUCGUAUUGCAUCGCUGCAAACCUCCAGGCACUAAGACCUGAUGAACUGCAGAUCUUAGUUGAAGUUAUAGCGCAUACGAUCCGUACUAAAGAGCAGAGUGACGGUAAGACAAUAAGCGUGGGCUCUACCGCUGGAAGCAGAUGUUUUGAGAGUGACGAGUUAGACGAAGAUCAGAACUUAGACUUGUUUUCAUGCCGUCUUUGCAAGUGCUUAUUGGCGGAAUCGACGUCGUUGGUGUGUGGACACACUUUCUGUAAGCGCUGUCUGGAAGAUGAUCUGACAAAAGAGUGCCGAAGCUGCCGUUUAAAAGCCAACAAAUCACCCAUACAAUUCACUGUGGACGGCCUCAGAGUAAAUGUUAUUGUCAGUGGCUUGAUUGAAAAAUGGUUCAAUUCGGAAAGCAAAGCGAGACGGUACUGGUUGGAAGGGGAAGGGCUUUGGAAAAAACAGGACUUAUCCAACGCAAUUCUGAAGUUCAACACGGCGAUUGAACUAGAGCCCUGUAUAUGUCGUCUCCUGGCUCAGCGGGCAGAGCUGCUUAUGGAAAUGAAGAAUUUCAGCCAAGCCAUCAAGGAUGCGGCCACCAUGUGCCGACUUCGUCCCUUGUGGCCAAAGGCUCACUACAUUAAGGCUGCAGCAUUUAGGAGCGCUGGCCGUAAUGAAGAAGCUCUACAAGAGUAUUUCUACUGUUUGGCUCUGAAAUCUGAUUGGAUCACUGUAAAACUGGAGGCCCAAAAGAUCCUGAGUCACAUGUUCUCUUCGGUCUUUGUGAAUGAUGAUCUGGCCACAUCCAUGCAGCCCCUUCCAGCUGGACCCUCCUCUCGUAUCAAACCUUCGUCCCUCCUCAGCUCUCUUCACUCCUCUCUUCCUAGAGAUGGAGCCAAAGCAGGCUGCUCCAAGGAACCAACACUCAGUUGCAGCAAGUUCAACGAUGGGAACUCUUCUAUUUUACAAAGAUCUGAAAACAUAAACUCUGUUGGCCUCUCUUCACUUUUUGUUCAACCAGUCCUAAAAAGGAAAUGGACAGAAGAUGCUAAGGCCUUUGAGCCACCCAGUAAACAGCUUAAAGAAGAUAAGGCAUCUUCGUGUAAAACUCUCCCUACUUCUGGGGAGAGGCAAGUUCCAUCACAGCUUUUGGACAGUGCAGACUUUGAAUGUUCUCUCUGCAUGAGACUGUUUUAUGAGCCUGUCACCACACCCUGUGGACACACGUUCUGCCUCAAGUGUUUGGAGCGCUGCUUGGACCACAACCCAAACUGUCCCCUGUGCAAGGAGAACCUUUCUGAGUAUCUGGCCACUAGAGCGUACAACAAAACUCUUCUAAUAGAAGAAUUAUUGCAGCGCUACUUUUGUGAAGAGCUAGCAGAAAGGCGAAAAGUACAUGAAGAAGAGAUGAAGGAAUUGUCAAACUUGAACCAGGAAGUGCCCAUCUUUGUUUGCACUAUGGCAUUUCCUACCAUUCCCUGCCCACUGCAUGUUUUUGAGCCUCGAUACAGGCUUAUGAUUCGCAGAUCUAUGGAAACGGGAACCAAACAGUUUGGCAUGUGCAUUGCUGAUGAACUAAAAGGGUUUGCCGACCACGGCUGUAUGCUGGAGGUGAGGGAUGUCAAGUUUUUUCCUGAUGGACGCUCUGUGGUGGACACCAUAGGGAUUGCUCGUUUCAAAGUGCUCAGUCAUGGGCAGAGAGAUGGAUACCACACAGCCAAGAUUGAAUAUUUGGAGGAUAAGAAGGUUGAAGGAGAGGAGUUGACAGAGCUUCUGAAGUUGCAUGACUCUGUGUAUGAUCAGGCCUUGGGCUGGUUCACCUCCCUGAAAGACGAUAUGAAGAACCAAAUCAUCAGCCACUUUGGGCAGCUGCCUGUCAAAGACUCUGACCCACAGGGUAAUCCCAAUGGUCCUGCAUGGUGUUGGUGGCUGUUGGCUGUGUUGCCACUGGAAAACAAAGCCCAGCUGACCAUCCUCACCAUGAAUGCUCUUAAGGAUCGACUGAUUGCCAUUCGCAGGGUCCUCAUUUUUGUAACUCGCAAGCGCCCUCGAUGAUAAAUGAGGUCUUGGUAAACAUGAUUAUUAAAAUUAACCUAUAGCUUGGGAAUGCUGAUUCAGGCUGGGGUUACUGAGGUUUCUUCCAGCGGCCAUCUUGGUCCGUCAUUGCAGCACGCAACCCUCACCAGUUCAAUAAAAAAUUGCAUCUAAAUAUGUUCAUUUAGGUUCAUCAGUUAGCAUUGGUGAGUUAAGUUGUAGUCAUGCUAUGAGAGAGAUCAUCACUAAUGGCCUACAUUAGGAAGUUCUCAUUUAGUUCAGUAAAAAAGGUGCAGUAAAACAGUUUACCAGUUUUAACAGUAGCAACAAACGUUAAAACAGUGGGAACUGUGUUUUUUUUUUUUUUUAA